ACCUUUAUCGGUAUCAUCCUUACCCAUUUCUCCUAUUUUGAUUUCGCAUAAUUUUUUAUUAAUUGUAACUAGUUAAUUAGGCUCGCAAAAAAUCAACUUAGGCAAAAAAACAACGUAAAAAAUAUAGGUUCUCUUAAGUGGAUAUACGAAACCUUUAUUGGAUAGUUUUUUUACCUGUUAAAUGUGAUGUUUAUUCUUAAAACAGAAAAAGGAUAAAUCAUGGGCUACAAAGUUUAAAAAUACAAAAAUUUUUUUAAAGAAAUUGAUAUACCCGAUGCCUUUAUCCCAUAGAGCUUAAAACGCUAAUGAAAACAAUGUACGUUAAAUAAGAGAAAAAUGAACACAUCUACCUGUCACAGAUGGAUGGACACACUCUUUGUUUUAUUAUAGGGCUGUAUAUAAAUCCAUAUUUUCCAUUAAUGGUACUUCUCUAGAACUCUCCUCAAUUAAUAAAUAUUGAUUGACUCGAAAACGUCAUACGAAAUAAAAGUUUUAAUAAAGAAAGCUAUUAAAAUAAAAUUUAACCUUCCCUUCUUUUCAUUAAAAUUAUAAUUAAUUAUAGUUAAUUACAUAAGUAAACGCAAUCAUUACGGUUAGGAAAGAACUUUGGCAUUAUCUGAUUAUAGUAAUGAUAGUAUACAACAUAACAUAUAAUCAUACAGGAUGACAGCUUUGGAUGGUGUAAAUUUUUAUAUUUAUUUAACAAUUUUGAUAAUGCUGAAGACAGCAAUGUCUGGGUCAGUUGAAGCUAUUAUAAAGAACAUAGAAGCAACUGGUAACUCAACUGCAGAAUUAAGUUGGAGAGUGGAAACUAAUAAGGAUGGAGAAAGGGUAUUUGGUGUGGAGUUGUCCGAAGGUGGUUUGGUAUUAGUAGAUGGAAGGUCUGCAACAGUAAAUGACGCUGGUAAAAACAAAUUUGGUGGUCGAUUAUCAGCAAGCUUUUCAAAUAAUGUGUAUAAAAUGUUCAUUAAGAAAAUCCAAUACAAUGAAGCAAAGUCUUUUACAUUAAUAGCUGCAUUCGAAUGGAAGUCAACUUUAGUUCCUGUAAAUGAUACUGCAACUAUCACAAGUGUUAAAGGUUAGUUAAAAACUUUUGUUAUUAUUAAUAAUUUAUUGACUUGUUGAUGUAACCCUUUAUCCCUGAUCUUAAUUCCUGGCAUGUUGUUUAAAAAGUAUUAAAACAUCAGAAAAAAAUACUUCCUGACAUUUCCCAUUCAGUGCGACUUUAACAAAUUUCACUUCAUAAAAGAUAAGUUAUUGGUACCAAUGUUUGUCUUUAUUUGAAGCCAUUGUUGUAAGCAUGUGUUUAAAAAGCCUUAAAACCUGUAGUUGUAUGCGCUUUGAUGUAUUUGCAGUUAACGUUAAUGCGUGUUAACUGUAGCGUGUAAAAAAUUUAUUUGGCUCUCUAACAUUGCGACAUUUUUGAAAGUAUGUGCAUGGCGUAAAUCUGUGCGUACUUGUUGUAGGUGGUCCUCUUUUUUGUAGUGCAAAUUUAUCUAAAAGCUUAUAAAUGACGCGGCUAUAACAGCAACUGACUCUGGUAAAAACAAAUUUGGUGGUCGUUUAUCAGCAAGCUUUUCAAAGGUAUAUACAAAAUGUUCAUCAAGAAAAUCCAAUACAAUGAAGUAAAAAUCUUUUACAUUAUUAGCUGUAUUCAAAUUGAGGUCAAAAUAUUCUGGUACAAAUGAUACCGCCAUCAUUAGUGUUAAAGGUUUGUUAAAAAACUGUUGCGAUCGGUAAUAAUUUUUUGAUUUCUUUUUGUAAUCAUUUCACCCUGAUAUUUUUGCGCAAGUAAUAGACCAAGCAUUAUCAAAAAUAAAACAUGCUCUUAUUUUCCGAAAUUCAGUGAACCUGUUAAACGUUUAUUAAGCAUAGUUAUUGCAACGUUGAUUUAUAUAACAACAACUUGUUAUUAUUAUGUAGUUUAAAGGUUAUGAGAUGUGCGAUAAUAUAAUUAGCUUCAUUAUAUUUUUGGUUACAUCAAAAAUGUUCGCGAUAAUUUUACCACCGUUUAUACCAAAAAUACCGUAAAUCACGCCAAAAUUGAUCAACCCCGACAGUUUUUGUCUGCAAAGAAAUAACAACUAUUGCGUCUGACUCUGUAAGCGACCACUUAACCAUGAUCUGUCAAGUGUUUUGGCUGUGAAAAUGCAUGGGUCGAUAAGGAAACCAUCAUUCGCUUCGCUUAAGCCUAAUCUUAAACAUAUUGCGGAGAAUUUGGUACCACGUAGAUAUCUUGUUGAGUAACUUUCUUUCAUUAAAGUAACGGUAAUGUUACUAUAGCCGACAAACAGUUUAUAUAGCGAACUUAGAACGUGAGACUUUGUGAGUACGUGCAUGGCGCAAACGUGUGCCUGCUUACUCUUGAAGGUUCUCUUUUUUCCCACAACAUAAUCGAAAAAAGCGUUGACGUUAAAACAAAAAUGUUAUUAUCAAGGUAGUUUCAAGCAAUAAGGACAAUUGUGCGUAAGGAGAAUUAAAGUAUAGUUUUUUAUAUAUUUUGCAAUUUUUGAAACUCAGAAAAUAUAGCUAAGUUUAAAAUUAUUUUUAUCUCCGUAAAAAAAUCGACCUGAUUUUCCUCAAGCUUACUGUAUUUUGAGUUUUCCGUAAUUUUGAUGUAAUUAUUUUGUGAAAGACUUUCCGCAUUCAAAUGAAUAAUAGAGAAAAAAACAUCAAAGUUAAUUUUUGAAGUAACAACAAUAAUUUUACCAUAAAAAGUGACCCUAUCAUCUAUAUAAUAAUACGCUAAGUGUGUCCGUCUGUCUGUGACAGGCAAAGUGGAUGCGUUCAUUUUCCCUUGAUGUAGCCGAAAUUUCCUUUGAAGUCUCCGAAGAAGUUAUAUCCAUUUUGCUAGCGGGUUUCCUUUGUUUACAUCACGUGAUCAAAAUUGAGCAACUUGAUUUGCUAAAAAAAAAUUUAACGGCUUUCUUUACAAAAAUCGUGUCCCUCGACACCGAAAAAAACAACAACAAAAGAACGGCCCCUUCAUCUUGAAAAAAGUGCAAAAAUUAAUUCUGAGAAAGAAAAGUCCAAGAAGUGAAAUAUGAAGUGGUAGCUAGAGCUAAAAAUAAAGUAGUACAGUUAGAAGUAGAAAAUAAAGGCUAUAGUUUAAAGUGGAUUUAAAAUCAAUAAUAGUAAGAACUUUGAUGUUUUCAGACGUUUAGUUUUAAUGUCACCGGAGUAAGCACACUCGCAUUUUCCAAGAAAAGCCUCAAAUUCUUAAAGUUUUAUAUUUUACCACUUUUUUUAAAAAAAACCCAGCCACCAUAUUUGUUUAUGUUUUUGUUGCAUAACUAAUGUAUUCGCUGGCACGUAACUAAUAUGUUUGUCCUAUAAUUCAAAAUGCAACAUACAGCUGUUAGCUGACUAACAAACGGAAAACUUUGGUAUGUUGAACUUACUGCUCACUGUAAUGUUAUUAUUUUUACAUUACUAUUGUUUCUCUUUAUAUGUGUUUUACUAGCUUUAGUUUGAGCUAAGUAUUCCCAGUUUAAGUAUAUUUAACCGCGUGUCUUACCUACUGUUAGCUAGCUAAUGUUAGCCACCAAUGCCUGCUCCUCAUCUCAUGGCUAGCUCUAACCUAUCAUUUAUAUUGUUAUUCCUUCUUUUUUAAUUAUCUAUAGCUAGCUACCUUAGUUUGCAAACUUCUUUUCUUUUAUGAGCACGAAUUAUGAUGUAACAAGCUGUAGCUAGCUAGUUAGCUACCUACAAAAUCUUAUAAAGACUUGAACUUUUUGCAGAAUAGUAGGAUGUAUUUUUAUGCCCAUAAGAGUUUAAUUAGUUUCACAUUUUCACUACGUGCAAUAAAUUUAAAGCAUGUGUGUUAAGUUAUUUUUUAUUGUUUUGUUUCUGACAUCCGGUUAAAAUUUUGUCAGCCUACAUGUAUAAUACCAGGUUAUUUCUACAGGGGGUUGUAGACAUUUGAUUGGAAAUUUACAUGAGUUUAUGAUUUUAUUUUAAUUUAUGAAAGGAUGUUAAGGUUGUUCGUGUUUUCGUUUGUGUUGCAAACUGCUGUUUUUUAAAAUUUUGUGUAAAAUUUUGUGGGGAAAAGACCACAUGCAAUAUACUGAAAGAACAAAUUUUGUGGAAUUGGCCUUCAUACUAAAUGCUGUUGUGUAAGCUAAUGGCUUUUUCAUAGUUCGUAUUAUAAAAUUUUGUUGGGAAGAA